CUUUAUUCCUUCCUUGUCUGGUUGUGGUGCCGGUUCAGCUUUUUAUGAAUUUUUUUGUAUCUUGGGAAUUAUAAAUUUUAAAUCUAGUUUAAUAAAACAAAAUAGGAAGCAAGUUGAAGUAGAGAGUAAAAUAUGUACGAGGUUUAGAGACACCAAUGCAAAUUUGUGACUUUUAAAUUCUGUUAAACAGGAUCACCCCGUCCUUGCGAUCAAUUACAUUUAAUAUGUCGAGAUCACAACAUCCCGAUAAGGGGGGGCCUUCGUCGUCUUCGUCAUCCUCAUCAAAAAAGAAGGGGGCGAGUUCCCAAGAAAGCAAGAAAGUGGAGCCCCCAAAAAAGAAGGAGGUGAGUUCCCAAGAAAGCAAGAAAGUAGAGCCCCAAAAAAAGGAGGGGGCGAGUUCCCAAGAAAGCAAGAAAGUCGAGCCCCCAAAAAAGGAGGGGGCGAGUUCCCAAGAAAGUAAAAAAGUUGAGCCCCAAAAAAAGAAGGAGGUGAGUUCCCAAGAAAGCAAGAAAGUAGAGCCCCAAAAAAAGGAGGGGGCGAGUUCCCAAGAAAGCAAGAAAGUAGAGCCCCAAAAAAAGGAGGGGGCGAGUUCCCAAGAAAGUAAAAAAGUUGAGCCCCAAAAAAAGAAGGAGGUGAGUUCCCAAGAAAGCAAGAAAGUAGAGCCCCAAAAAAAGGAGGGGGCGAGUUCCCAAGAAAGCAAGAAAGUAGAGCCCCAAAAAAAGGAGGGGGCGAGUUCCCAAGAAAGCAAGAAAAUGGAGCCCCCAAAAAAUGAAGGGGCGAGUUGUUCCCAAGAAAGCAAAAAAGUGGAGCCCCCAAAAAAGAAGGAGACAAGUUCCCAAGAAAGCAAGCCAGUGGAGCCCCCAAAAAAUGAAGGGGCGAGUUUUCAAGAAACCAAGAAAGUGGAGCCCCCAAGAAAUGAAGGGGCGAGUUCCCAAGAAAGCAAGAAAGUGGAGCCCCCAAGAAAUGAAGGGGCGAGUUCCCAAGAAAGCAAGAAAGUGGAGCCCCCAAAAAAUGAGUUCACCUUGCCGAAAAUGGAGGAAGAAUUGGACCUCCUUGACUACGUUCUCCGAGCCAUCGGUGUCCUCCAAGCUAUCCAACAUAUCGGAAAUGUCCGCUUCCUUCAGACAAAUCAGGAUGCGUACAAUAAUAAAAUCGACGUUCUUCUCAACCUUGAACCAAUAGGAAGCAGGAUAGUAAAAUAUUCAGAUCUGCCAAAAAAACUUUGGGAGGAUUAUCGUAUCGUGAAAAUCUACACUGACGAUUUCAUUUCUCUCGGCGGCAGCACCAACCCGCUCAUCCCAUUGCCCCCUCCGGAAAAGUGGAAAGCGGUGAAAAUAUACGACACUAUCCGAACCAUGUGGUCAUUCAUGCAGGUGUGGAAUUUAAAGGACGAAGCGAGGCAGGACUACCAAGCUUCGUCGUUCCUUGACCUUCCAAUUAUGAGUACCGAACUGAGGGAGGCCGUUUAUUGGGUGCUGACCUUCAUCGAUAAGUCGAGAUCACUUAUUGCCGGGAUUUUAGAAAGUGCGGCUGCCCUGGAGAAGGCGGGCGUCAAAUAUUGGGUGCUUCCCAACAGGCAAAGGGUUCCGGUCGGAUCUCUGCGAGCCACAAUUUUUGAAACGGUUCCAUCCUACGUGUUCAGCGUUUCUAUGCAAAUUUAUAAUGAUAAGGAAAAAUUCGACAAAGCAAAGGGUAUGCCUUACAUGGGGGUUGGUGGCGUGGUGAGAAGGAAUCACGUGGCUACUCUGGUGAAUACAAAAGAAAAGGGAAAGCAAUUGGUGAUUCGUCACCACGUCCUCUCCGCCCUACUGCCGGACGGCUCGGCGUACAUUGUGGAUCCGACGGGGAGGAUGUUUGGGUACAGGGGAUCUGGUGGGAGUCUCAUCAUUCACGGGAGUGAGGAAUAUUACAGGACAUGUUUUCCUGGCAAGGUGACUGAUGAACCAAUGGAGCUCAUGGGAGUUAAGAAAUACAUGAGGAGGUUUAGAGAUGAACCUGAUGCUGCAUUUAUCCCCGAGUUGAAACGUUACCUCGUGAAGUGGAUAGAUAAGUCAGUCUGCUCCUAUUGCGGACUAAUUGGUGAUAUUCAUCCAAUCGAGAUCACGCUUUGUAAUGACGGGGCGCAACCACACCUGAAGGUGGAAAGCACGAUUUGCGAUGUUGAGGGUUGUGGUGGUUGCGGGCUGGUCGGUUAUUGCUGUAAUUAUUGUCAAAAUACGGACUGGCCGCGACACAAGUCGAAGUGUACUAAACCGUGGCCACCAGAAGGGGGACCGCCACCGCGGGGGGGACCACUGCUACCCAGAGGGCAACAACCGCCACCGGAAGGGGAACAACCGCCACCGCAAGGGGAAAAACCGCAACCGGAAGGGGAACAGCCCCCACCGCAAGGGGAACAACCGCCACCGAAAGGGGAACAACCCCCACCUCAAGGGGAACAAACGCCACCGCAAGAGGAACAACCCCCACCUCAAGGGGAACAAACGCCAACCCGAGGGAAACAAACGCCGUCCCGAGGGCAACAAACGCCAUCCCGAGGGAAACAAACGCCGUCCCGAGGGCAACAAACGCCAUCCCGAGGGAAACAAACGCCAUCCCGAGGGCAACAAACGCCAUCCCGAGGGAAACAAACGCCAUCCCGAGGGAAACAAACGCCACCCCGAGGGAAAUGACCGCCACCGCGAUUGAAUUGAAUCUGGGAACUCUCUUUGUUCAACUUUUUUUAAGAAGUGUGGAUUUUUAAUCGAAUCUCUAAAUAAUUGCAUUGAUUUUAUAAUGAUUAUCCUAUUAGGGGUAAUUUAUUUUUCUGUAUGGAUUUAGCGAACUGCAACAAUGUGGUUUUUUAAUUGAGUAUAAGUGUAAUUAUUUUUAUAAUGAUUUUCAUAAUGUGUACGAACGAAUAAUUUAUUUUUGUGUAUUUUAUCGAAUUGCAAAAUGUGGAUUUUAACUUGACUUAAUUGAUUUUACUGCUGGUAUUUAUAAUGAUUUUCCUUCUUGUGUAUGAGUAAUUUACUGUUCUGUACGCAUUUUUAGCGUAUUGCUCAUGCGUGUAAAAUAAGUAUUUUCUACUGUGAUUUGUAUUGAAUUGCCUUAAAUUAAUAAAUUGUGUUGGCAUGUACAUAUAUCCAGUUCGUGUGUCCAAAUUAAUAAACAGCUUCGUCAUUCAAAAA